AUGAUAAAGUGGUUACAAGAAAAUAAUAUCCAGCACAGAGCCACGAUGAAAAAAUAUCAACUGGUGGAAUUAAUACAACUUAAUAAAAGUCUAGACAAAACUUAUAGGGUGGACGAAUUAUUUAAAAGGCAUGGACAUAAUGUCCUUAGAUUGCCACCUUAUAUGUGCGAGUUGAAUCCCAUAGAAUUGGCAUGGGCUAAGGUCAAAAGGAUUAUUCGGGAGAAUAAUACAUCGACACUGACAGCCACCGAAUUGUUAAAAUUAACCGAAACUGCAAUUAAUGAUGUGACAACAGAAGACUGGGCAGGAUUCUGCAAACAUAUAAAGAAAAUUGAAGACCAAUACGUCCAAACAGACAACGCCAUGGAAACAAUAAUGGAGGAAAUUGCUGAUACACAUGCAAUAAAUGCUAGCAGUUGCAGCAAUGAAAGCAGUGAUAGUGAAACCAAUAGCAGCAGCAGCAGCAGCAGUCAAGAGGAACAGCAAAAGGAACAGCAAGAGGAACAACAAGAGGAACGGCAAGAGGAACAACAAGAGGAACGGCAAGAGCACUAA